CUCCCCCAACUUCGAACUGGGCCGUGGGUUCUUGUCCAAAAGAAAAACCUCGGCCCAUACAGGUCUCUUCACAAACCCUAAUAUUCAUCACCAAAAACCCUAAAACCCCAAAUAUUCCCUUGCCCUGCCAUUCUUGAAGCUCACAGUAUCACAGCUCACAGUAUUACCACAUUAUUUGCCAAACAAUGAGACCUCCUAGAGGUGGUGGCCGUGGUGGUGGUUUCAGAGGUGGCCGUGAUGGCGGCUUCAGAGGUGGACGUGACGGAGGUUUUCGUGGCAGAGGUGGUGGACGUUUCGGCGGUGGUCGUGGUGGAGGCGGCUUUCGUGAUGAAGGGCCUCCCUCCGAAGUCGUAGAGGUUUCAACGUUUAUGCAUGCUUGUGAAGGAGAUGCUGUGACAAAGCUUACCAAUGAGAAAAUUCCAUUUUUUAAUGCUCCUAUAUAUCUUCAAAACAUGACUCAGAUUGGGAAAGUUGAUGAAAUCUUUGGUCCCAUCAAUGAAUCUUACUUUUCAAUUAAAAUGAUGGAAGGGAUUGUUGCUACUUCUUAUUCAGCCGGUGACAAGUUUUACAUUGACCCAAGGAAACUCUUGCCUCUUGCAAGAUUUCUUCCUCAACCAAAGGGACAAGCACAAGCUGGUGGUAGAGGUGGAGGCGGAGGAGGUCGUGGUUUUGGUAGAGGUGGCCGUGGAGGCGGUGGUUUUCGCGGAAGAGGUCCUCCUAGGGGUGGUAGAGGUCCACCUAGGGGUGGUGGACGUGGGGGUGGUUUCCGGGGAAGGGGCAGGUUUUAGGGAAAUUUUGUGUAAAAUGUUGUUUGCUUCAGUCAUUUUGCUUGGAUGAUCAUAUAGGAUGUCCAAUAGAAGAUUUAAUGUUGAAUUGACUUUUAUUUACUUUUGAUGAAUUGAAUUGUUCUGUUUAAGUUGUUCAAUAGGAUGUUGUGUUUUAAUUACUUUUAUUUACUCA